AUGGCCCCCUCUACUCCCCAGGACCAUGGCCAUCCUGACUCUCAACCACCUACCGUCGCUGCUUUCGCUCCCUCCACCAUCGCCGGCUCAGCUUUAACCUCACGACACCGCUCCAGCGUCAUCGUGCAUCGCAAGUCACCUUUGUUGGUGGCUACGCCACCUUCCAUCACCCGGGCUCUAGCCUACUCACAUCCUUUCCUCCUACCUCUCAACAAAUUUGUGGGCUUAGUAACAUGGACCACUGGAGACCCAUGGCAGAGCUUCCUGCUGGUAGCCACCUUCUGGGCGGUGGUGUUGUACAGUGAGGCCAUCAUUCUCUGGGCUGGCCCCAUACUUGUUGUGGUUGGGCUGAUCCUGGGUAUGUAUGGCCGGCGAUACUCACCUUUAUCAUCUACGAGCUCAACGGGCGAGAAACACGAACGUAAACCCUCAGCGGAUACCACUACCCGCCAUCAAAAGAGCCUGGAUGAUAUUCUUGAGACGCUACGAACCUUCACAACCCGGUGUAAUAUUCUUCUAGAACCUCUGCUUGACCUGACCGAUUUUCUAUCAACACAGCGAACGGCAACGUCAGCCACUACCAGACCGGCACUAACAGCGUUGUUCCUUCGCAUUCUCUUGGUAACUCCAAUUUGGGUUGCCUUGACACUACCACCAUUCUACCUGAUUACCACGCGUCGUGUGGUUAUAAUUGUCGGCACGGUCAUUCUCACCUACCACUCACGAUCUGCGCGAGUCUCACGUGUUAUUUUGUGGAGGUCUCGUCUAGUGCGCCGACUCUGUGGUAUAAUCACUGGACUAUCUGUCGCUGAUGGUCCAAAUAAUACUACCAAAAUGCAAAGUCAGGGCACGGGAUUGAAUAUCUCCACGAAACGACGUCGAGGCUCGGGCGGUGUUCGCUUCACAUUUGUUGUAUACGAAAAUCAACGGCGUUGGCUCGGAAUCGGAUGGACAUACUCUCUAUUCCCAGCGGAGCGGGCUGCCUGGACAGAUGAGCACUUGAACACCGUUCCAGCCAAGGACACAUUCGAGCUCCCUGACGUGCGGACUGGAGAUGCCAAAUGGCGAUGGGUAGAAGGAAGUGAAUGGCGCGUUGAGGGUGCAGAUCCGAAUAGCAAGUUGGAUUCAAAAGCAUCCAACGGGACUGGCGAGGGAUGGAUUUACUAUGAUAAUAAGUGGAACGACGGACGCCGCGGGCAAGACGGCUGGGAUAGAUACACACGUCGACGGAAAUGGUACCGCGAUGCGGAACUAGUUGAUAUCGAGCCUGAUGGAUCCAACGCCUCCCAAGAAACCGUCUCCACACUCACCCAAGCACUUGAAAAAGAAAAGCAGAACAAGGAGACAGGGCAUGAGGAGAAAGAUACCGAAGUAGAUGAGCUCAAUCUCUCCCCUACAACCCCACUGAAAAACCGACGUCGACGCUGGUUCAGCAGUAAAGACAAGACGAAAAGUGCUAGCAGUGAGGGAUCGCCUUCUGUUGAUGCUGACACUGGUCGCUCUACUGGAGCAAAUGUUGAUGGUGCCGGGAGUAUACGGAGUUCGUCUUCACGACCCCUCAGUAUCAAAGAUUCUCGCCGGUCAUCACAGUACAAUAUCCGAGAAGGAAGCUUGGCGAAAAGUGAAAGCUCCAGUAUGCGCGAGAAAGAAUUAGCUAACUCACGGGAUCAUCAUGAUCGAUGGUCCACUCGAGCGGCGGAUGGAACAGAGAGGGUAGAACGUGAAUUUGGAUUAAGCGAUGAUGUGAACAUGGGUCUGAGUUGA